GAUGCCUUGAGUUACGUCUGCUCCAUAUUUUUGGAGAAGCUAAUUUAGUGGCUGAUAGACUUGUUGGUCAUGCUGUGUCAUCCAGAAGAUCAAUGGAUUUCUCGUUGGAUUUGAAGCUACCAUGUGAGGCUGGUCUUGCCCUGUUUUAUGACCAGCGCGGAUUACCUGUCUAG